AAUGCAUCACCAGUAAGCGUCCAAGGUACAAACUCGUUCCUGGCGUAAAAACCGAACGUAGCCGUUGUUUUCGGAGCAAACGCAAAAGCUUGGUUGGUUUGAACUUCUGCUUCGUGUCCGAGCCUUGUUGCGUUGCAAGAGUUGGACGGUUCUUCUGCAGAGAGACUAAAACCGGAGUCUCUUCACCAGUAUGGCAGAGCUGCUGCCUGAAGACGUUGGGACAGAUGACUGCCUGACUUCAUACACACACAUUUACAGUCCAGAUCUACUAAAGCAUCAAGUUGCUUUUAUCACAGGUGGUGGAUCUGGAAUUGGAUUCAGAAUAGCUGAAAUCUUCAUGAGGCACGGAUGCGACACGGUGAUUGCCAGCAGAAACUUGGACAAGCUUAAAGAGGCCGCUCAAAAGCUGUCUGCUGCGUCAGGACGCCGCUGUCUCCCUCUGUGUGUGGAUGUGAGGCAGCCUGAAAGCAUCACGGCCGCCGUGGACGAGACGCUGCGGGAGCUGGGUCGUAUAGACAUCCUCGUUAACAAUGCUGCUGGAAACUUCCUCUGCCCGGCGACCUCCCUCUCUUUCAACGGCUUCAAGACAGUUAUGGAAAUAGACACAAUGGGUACAUUCAACACCAGCAAAGUGGUGUAUGACAAGUGGUUCAAGGAUCACGGCGGAAACAUAGUAAACAUCUCUGCAACACUCGGCUACAGGGGACGAGCCCUCCAGGUGCAUGCCGGCUCUGCCAAAGCUGCAAAUGACGCCAUGACCAGGCACCUGGCUGUGGAGUGGGGGCCCAGUGGGGUGAGAGUCAAUAGUAUGGCACCAGGGGCCAUAUCCGGCACAGAGGGCUACCGUAAACUAGGUGGUUUAACAGCGGAGACUACUGGAAUCUUCCAGUCCAUUCCAUUGCAGCGAUCAGGCAACAAGACGGAAAUGGCCCACUGCGCUCUUUUCCUGGCCAGCCCAGCGUCCUCCUAUGUGACUGGAGCCAUCCUGGUGGCCGACGGUGGGUCAUGGCUGACCUCCUCCAAUGACGUCUCCAUGCUGCUGGGUAUAUUUUCCUCUAAAUCUGCUAAACUGUGAACAGACGCUCCCCUGCCCUCCUCCUGACCAAGGGUAUUGGUCACCUGAAAAGAAAAGAGACAAGUAAAUGUUGAAAUUAGGAACAGGUUGGGCUAAUUUCCAGAACUACGAUUCUAUAAGUAUUAUGUGAUUCAGGUCAGGAAGUAUUGUCUUAAAAGUAUAGUGUCUAAAGACUUAAACACUAACAUACUUGAUCAAUAAAAACACAUUUUGGUCUGUUGCCAUUGA